GUUUUUCCACCCGGACAUGCACAGCACACCGGCAGCGUCGUCAGGCAUGGCUGUGCAGCAAAAUAAAUGGAUCCGUUAGUACGUACACUGCUGUUAUUGAGUGUAAAUAAGCUGUAACAUACGAGUUUUUAAAUGGAGUGUGAUAUUUUGGAUUCUCUGGAGCAACUUGGUUAUGACGGAGGACUUACGGAGGAGCAAUGUCUCCGGAAAGCUGCAGAAGAAGGCUUGUCCUCGCCGGAGUAUGUGGGUCUGUGCCAUUGGCUGGUGUCUCGAUUGAAACCUCUCUGUGAGUUGGAGGAAAACAUCACAUCCGGUCCUGAGGACCUGGACAGUCUCAGGGUGGAACUCAGUGGUUUCCUGAAGGAGCUGCAUUGCCCUUGUGAUGUUUCACGGCUCCUUAACGGCGGCAAGAACACUAAAGACCAUCUCAAGAUUCUCCUGUUCAUGACAUCAGAGCUUCAAGCAGCUCAGAUCCUGAAGAGCAGACCAUCAUCUGAGCAAGAGCAGAGCAGCGAAGGUCUUGAGCUACGGCAGAUCUGCGAAACAUUACAACUGGGGUCACCGGCGGGUCAGGACGGAGGUGAUGUCAUCUCUAGAAUACAAAACAAGGUGCAGGAGACACUGAAGAGUCACCCAAAAUGUUCAGUCGGAAACCCAGUUUUGAAGAAGCCACUCAGCCAUGAGCAGUGGGAGAAGCUGCACAAGAUAAACACAGUCUUGUCUUCUGAGUACGAGUGUCGACGUCGGAUGCUGAUCAAGAGGCUGGACGUGACCAUCCAGUCGUUUGGAUGGUCCGACAGAGCCAAGGUCCGGCUGGACAGCAUGGCGAAGGUCUACCAGCCCAGGAGACACUCCAUGAGGCCGCAGACCACCGUGGGCCUGGCCCAUCUGCUGGCUGCCAGGGAGGACAUCUGCAAUGUUGUGAAGACCAGCAGCGGCGCCAGCAGAGAGAAGACGACGUGCGCCGUCAACAAGGUGCAGAUGGGCAGAGUGCCGGACAGAGGAGGGAGACCCUCUGAGAUCCAGGCUCCUCCGCCAGAGAUGCCCCCCUGGCAGAAGAGACAGGACGGAGGGGGAGGCUGGGGAGGAAGAGGGGGACGAGGAGGGGGCGGCGGCGGGUGGGGAAGAGGUGGAGGAGGCUGGCGAGGAGGAGGCGGAGGUGGGGGGUGGGGUAGAGGGCAGCACCACGGAGGCAAAAGAGGACGGUACCAGUAUUGAUAUUCACUGUUUUUGAUGAAGAAAAACUUAAAAUUAGAUGGAAUUAUUUUUGUCUUUUGCUAUCGAUAGGUGAUUAUUUUAUACGUUUCAAGAAGCAAAAGGUGAAACAUCACUUUUUUUUAACUUGAAAGAGACGUUUGUGAAGCGUUUUUGAAGCACAUUAUCUGAACCUUGGUGUCAUGCGAUUGCGAUUCUGGACCGUUCAAUGCCUCAAAUACCUGCCGUGUCCAUUGGAGUGCCGGUUUUGUACUUACCUGUGUCAAUAAAGUUUGUUAUUCCCA